UUAAAGGGUGAGAGCAAAAAAAAUGCAUAUCACUAUGGUACCGAUGUCGAAAUAACAGUGAAAGUCAUUGUUAGAAUUACCAAAAAUCAUACUAAAAUGAAUAAAUUAAAAUCAUCACAGAGAGACAAAGUCAAGAAAUUCGUCGCUUUUACUCAAACUAGCGAGAGCACUGCGAUUUAUUGCCUUACUCAGAAUGAUUGGAAACUGGACCUGGCUAGUGAUAACUAUUUUCAGAAUCCAGAUGCGUACUACAAGGAUCCCAUUAAGGCUGCAGUAGACAGAAAAAAGUUGGAACUCUUAUUUAACAAGUACAAAGAUCAACAAGAGAAUGAUAAGAUCACUGUGGAUGGAGUCAUGAAAUUUCUAGAAGAUUUAAACCUUAGUCCUGAAUCUAUAUUAGUACUUAUCAUUGCAUGGAAAUGUAAAGCUGCAGUGCAGUGUGAGUUCUCCAAAGACGAGUUCCUGACUGGACUGAUGGAGCUGGGAGCAGACAGUAUAGACAAAUUAAAAACAAAACUAGCUACCCUUGAAACAGAAAUUAAAGAUCCUAAUAAAUUUAAAGAUUUCUACCAAUUCACUUUUAACUAUGCCAAAAACCCAGGCCAAAAGGGAUUGGAGUUAGAUAUGGCAAUAGCAUACUGGAAUAUAGUGCUUCGUGGAAGAUUUAAAUUCCUAGAUGCUUGGUGCAAGUUUCUUACGGAACACCAUAAAAGGUCAAUUCCCAAGGACACGUGGAAUCUACUUUUAGAUUUUGCCACGCAAAUCGACGACGGCAUGAGCAACUACGAUGCCGAGGGAGCGUGGCCCGUACUAAUAGACGACUUCGUGGAGUGGUGCCAGAAGCAGGGGCUCACCGCCGAGGGGCUGAAGGCGCUGGAGCCGGCGUCCGGCUAGCUGGCGCCGCCCUGCCGCGCCGCGCCCGCGCCGCGCC